GUGGAGAGAUGGAUCACGGAACCUCAUUUCUUGUCGAAGCACCUACCCAGGAAUUGAAGGGCGUUGAAACCUCAUGCUUGGUCGAUUCCCCAAUGCAGAUGUCUGAAGCCUUUCUGUUGGGUGACCUGCGUCAGCAGAUGCAUCGCAUACCUCAGCAGGAAAGUUCUUCACAAGCCAGCUGCACUUUGCCAUCUGAAGCGGAUCAGAGGCCAUGUGCCCACCACACAACACAGUGUGCAGUUUCUGCUGACACCAGCCAUAGACAUCAGCACCUACCCAUUGGGGAGGCUGCUGCUCAUAUGGCUCCUCCUCCAUCUGCUGAUGCGCCUCCUCCUCCAUCCGCUUAUGCACCUCCUCCACCUCUGCUGAUCUCCUCUUUCAGCCGAUGCAGUUCUUCUCGCAUUUGCUGCUUCGCUCUCUACUGGUGCUCUCUCUCUUGGUCUACCUGGCCAGCGCUGUGCCGCCGUGGCUCCGCGAGUUAGCUCUGAUUGGCCCGCUGCUGCUGAUGCGAUUGCAUCGCUCCUCGUUCAGGCAGAGCUGAAGAGAAUCAAAGAUGCCCUACUGAAUCUAGCUCCGAUACCUCCAACAUUUGUUCAGGUUGCCGCGGCGGUUCAGGCUGCCCCAGCGGUUCAGGUUGCCCCAGCGGUUCAGCAUUGCUACCCAUUCCCCUGUUUCGUAUUCCACAACUGCCAUCACCACCUGCUGCUGCUGCUCCUGCUGUUCCUCCUCCUCCUGCUCCUGCUGCUGCUACCUCUGCCACUACUGGUUCCCUGCUGCCUGGACCAUCUGUCUCUGCUGCUGUUACUCCGGCAGAGAUGCGGCUGAAGCCAGACGAGCUGUUUGAAGCAUGGUGCAAUGGGUCGUACUCCAGGGUGCUCCACAACUUCUGACCAAAACACUGGAGCUCCGCCCUACUCCAGAGCUCCACAGGUCAACAGCUCCACAGCUUCUGAAGCUCCGCUCCAAAAUUUUGAAACCACGGGUGAACCCCUGCCCCGCCAUUUAUGAACAGCUAGUUGUGUCAGAUUCAGCUCGUCUCGGGCUCGUGUGGUUUUGCGCUGUGAAAGUGCUGCAUCACAUCAUAUGGUCCAUGCAGCUCUUUUUGGGUGAGAUUUUUCCUGGCAUGAGCAAGCAGACUCUUGAAUCGACUCAUAAGUUGCUUCUCUUGGUUUUUCACCGUGAAAGUGCUGCUGUCUCACAUCACAAGGUCCGUGCAGCUCUGUUCCGUUAAGUUUGUUCCUCGAGGGACGAGCAAGUUUUGGGGGAAAUUGCAUGUACUCCUUGCUGUGUAA